AUGACCCGAUCAGAUUCAACCACGUCUUCUUCAAUCAUAAAAGCAGCUGGUUCUCUACGGUUACAUUAUUUACCAAAACCUUUUUUCUCAAGACAAAAAUCCUCUGAACUCGUCGCUUCUCCGAUGGAUUGGCAAGGACAAAAGCUAGCAGAGCACCUGAUGCAGCUUCCGCUGGUACUUUUUGCAGUGCUGGCGUUUAUCACGGGAUAUGUGUUGGGAUCAUUUCAGACAAUGCUGCUUAUAUAUGCAGCCGGUGUUAUAUUAACUUCUCUGAUUAUGGUUCCCAAUUGGCCAUUCUUCAAUCGUCACCCUCUCAAUUGGUUAGAUUCAAGUGAAGCUGAAAAGUACCCCAAGCCACAGCCUGCUAAUUUGGGCAUGAAGAAGAAAACGUCUAAGAAGUAG